AAAAAGAAAAAGAAAUCCCAAUUGCUCAAUUUGCACUACAACCAACAAUAUUAAACCUUUUAUCCAAUAAAAUAAAUAUAAUCUAACCCCAUACUUUUCCAACAUGUCAAAAUAUAUACAAACCUCCCUUAACAAACUCAAAACCAUCUCUCUUUGCGGUGCCGAGUAAUGCCUUGCACUCCUCCUCCCAAGUCCUCCGUCCAACACCAGAGGCUCAGCACCACAGCCGGCGGCGGUGUCACCAACGGGAACAGCAUGACCCAGGGGUCUAUUGCCGGCGGCAAGACGGUGGCGGGGGAGAGGUGCACGGCGCACGCGGUGCCGGAGGAGGUGGCGCACGUGGUGCCGGAGGAGGUGGCGCAGCAUCACGAGCACGCGGUGGGGCCACAACAGUGCUGCUCCGCCGUGGUCCAGACCAUCGCCGCACCCGUGCCGACGGUGUGGUCGGUGGUCCGCCGCUUCGACAAGCCCCAGACCUACAAGCACUUCCUCAAGAGCUGCCACGUCCUCGUCGGCGACGGCGACGUCGGCACACUCCGCGAGGUCCAGGUGGUCUCCGGCCUCCCGGCGGAGACCAGCACCGAGCGCCUCGAGAUCCUAGACGACGAGCGCCACGUGCUCAGCUUCCGGAUCGUCGGCGGGGAGCACAGGCUGGCGAACUACCGGUCAGUGACCACCCUCCACGCGGUCGGCGGGGGCACGGUGGUGGUGGAAUCGUACGUGGUCGACGUGCCGGUGGGGAACACGAGGGAGGACACGCGGGUCUUCGCGGACACAAUCGUCAAGUGCAACCUUCAGUCGCUGGCGCGCACCGCCGAGAGCCUCGCUCGGCGCGGCGGCGCCGAUGGAGGGCAGACUCGUAAUUAAGUCCCGGAACGGGGCUUCCUUUUUUUAGCAAGCUGGAUCAUUUGGUUUUUUUCGCCCUCUGGAACUCGUCCCGGGCGUGGGGACCACCGCGCCCACCCACUUGAAACGAGACGACGACUACGUUGUACCGCAAAUUCAUAGCCUUCUUUCCUUUCUUCUCUUUAUUUCUCUCUGUUUUUUCCCCCUCCUCCAGUCUUCCUUCCCCUUUUCUUUCUUUUAUUUUUAUUUUUUUUCUCUUUUUUAGGUAUACAAGUAUUAUAAACUAUUGUGAAUAAUGCCCCCACUUUCUCUCUCUUAAAUUUGUUCAUACUUGUCUUUCAAAGCAAGGUCUAUCUUUUUGAUUA